GCGGCGGCAGCGCUUCGGAGCCGGAGCCGAAGCCGAGCGGAGCGCGGCUCGGGGCAGCACCGGCAGCAGGGCAGGAUGGGGGGCGGGCGGCCCGCGGCGCUGCCGCUGCUGGCGCUGGCGCUGCUGACGGCGCAGGGCGGAGCGGCGCCCCUGCAGCCCGGCGGGACCCCCGCACUCACCAAGGUCUACCCCCGCGGCAGCCACUGGGCUGUGGGACAUUUAAUGGGGAAAAAGAGCACUGGAGAUUAUCCUUAUGGUUUUGAAGAAGAAAACAAGACACCGUUUUCAGCAUUACCUGACAAUAUCAAGCAGCUGGAAGAGUAUCUGCAGUGGGAAGAAAUCUCAAAAUAUUUGCUAUGGCUGCUGGAAAGGAAUGAAAAUAAAAGUGCUCACUUUUUAAAAGGAGGGCUUCCCUGGUAUACCAGGAGCACCUGGGAGACAGAUGACAAUAGCAGUUGGAAACAUAUGAUGGACUAUCUGCUUCAAGUUGUGAAUAUGAAAGAGAGCACUCCAAGCUGAAAGAAGGUCUCUAAAUCAUGAAGAAAUUGAAUGCUUUCUGUAAGAGACUAUAUUUCACAAACACUUGAUUGUAUCAGAUAAUCAACAAGGUCUCUUUUCUGUACACAAGAAUUCCUUUGUGUAAAAUACUUAAAUACACAUAUUCUUGUAUGGUUCAGCAAGGACUAAAUCCUCUACUUCAUUUUCAAGGUUGCAUUUUCUCAUUCGAGUGGCUUUGGUAUACAUAUAUAUAUAAUUGUCAUGGAAGGGUCUUCCAAUUAAUUAUAUGACUUACCUAUUGAAUCAGUUCAUCUCUUAGUUGGAAAUUACAUGACAUUGCAACAUUCGCAAUAAAUAGUACCAAGAAAAA